AUGGAAGCUUUGGAGAACUCAUUCGUGCAACUACUUGUUGAUAGCGAUGAAGAAGCAGACAACGAAGAUGUUUCGGCAGCUCCUGAUGGUUUGCUCGCUGAUGCCGUUGAAUCAAGUGAUGAUGUGGAUAGUGAAGGGGAGUCUGACGCCGGUUGGUCUUCGACUAUAGUUCAACCAAAUGUAGUGCCUUUUACCGAGGACAGUGGAAACCAAAACGACGAUGUCUAUGCAUUCAGCAAUCCAAUGAGCUUCUACAAGUUAUUCAUGACAGACGACUUGGUGAAACUGGUGAUUGAAGAAUCGAACCGUUAUGGAUCCGCCAAGUAUUCGACUUGGUCUGUGCUCGAAGAGCAGGGAAUUCAAAUCGAGGAUCAUAGAGUCGAUAUUGGAUGGACAGAUUUCCACACAAGCAACAAUGAGGCAUCAGCUGCGGACAGUCCCGGGACCUAA